CUUCCAUCAACUGGAGCACCUAUUGAUUGGCUUAUAUAAAUAAAACAUUUUUUUUUUUCUUUUUCUUUUUUUCUUUAAUCUCUUUCAUCAUGUCCUCUCCUCCUUCAUUUGCACUUGUCGAUCCCGAUAAUCAAGAACAUCAAGUUCCCGAAUUUCCUUCUCGUGAUGGACCUCAGCGACUUGUAGCUGCAGCAACAAAGCAACCUCGUAAUCGAGAAAAGAUUCGGCUCGAACCCGGUCAUUCACCCUUAGAUUGGGCUAAACUCGUUUCUUCUGGCAAGGAUCUUCGAGGAGUGAGUCAGUUGGGAAGAUAUACGCUAGAAGAGAUUCGUCAGCAUAGAACACAGGAGGAUGCAUGGACUGCAAUUGCAGGUAAAGUGUAUAAUAUGACACCGUACCUUAAAUUUCAUCCUGGUGGUGUCAAAGAUUUAAUGCGUGUGGCUGGCAGAGACGGAACAAAGUUAUUUAUGAUGACGCAUUCAUGGGUGAAUAUAGAUUACCUUAUGGAAAAGUGUAUGGUUGGUUUCUUGGUUCCCUCAAAUUAGAAUAAAGCCUUUUAUUGCGUAAUAGUGUCACAAUGUAUGUAUAUAAAUGACCUACUGUUUUCUUUUGCUUUUUUUUAUUUCCUUUCUUUCUCUAAAUAAAAAAACAAUGCCCGACGAUAAAAAGGUUAAGCCUACUUUCUGGAAUCCACGUGUGGAUCCUGAUACCAUCAAAUUUCCCAAAAGCGAAUCGUUUGAUAGACCAAGAGUCAUUGAUUUCUCGGAUGUUGCCUGGAACAGAAAGAAUGAAUUCUGGACACAAAAAGAGCCCAUGACCGAAAUCGACUAUCGUAAAAAGAAAUAAACACGUUAUUCCA